AGUUCCUUCUUCCUCAAUUAUACAUUAUUCUAGCACAUACCAUGGAUCUUCAAAACCUUAUCUCUAUCUUCACCACCUUCCUCUUUCUCUUUAUGCUAUUGAAAAUAGCCAUUAAGAAAUUUAGUUCUUCCAAGGAUAUUACCAAUUUACCCCCAGGGCCAAGAAAGCUACCCAUAAUAGGAAACAUGCACAACCUUGUAGGAUCAAUGCCCCAUGAAUGCCUAAGAAACUUAGCAUCCAAGUAUGGACCCUUAAUGCACCUUAAACUAGGAGAAGUGUCCCACAUCAUAGUUACAUCACCUGAAAUGGCACAAGAGAUUUUGAAGACUCAAGAUCUCAACUUUUGUGAUAGGCCAAACGUUCUCUAUCAAAGAAUCAUGGCUUAUAAUGGCACAAGCGUUGUCUUUGCCCCCUAUGGAGACUAUUGGAGGCAUGUACGAAAGAUAUGCACCAUGGAGUUAUUAACAGCAAAGCGUGUUCAAUCUUUUAGGCACAUAAGAGAAGCAGAGGUUUCAGAGUUGGUCAAAGCAAUAUCUCAAAGUCAAGGCUCCAUUUUUAAUAUCUCUCAAAAGAUUUUAUCAAUGACCUAUGGAAUCACGGCUAGAAUAGCAUUUGGAAAAAAAUAUAGUUACCAGGAAGUUUUUAUAUCAUCUUUUGAGGAAGCAUUGCAAAUAGGAGGCGGAAAUCGUAUUGCUGAUCUGUAUCCUUCAAUUAGAGUAGUGCUUGAAAUGAUGAGUAGAGACAAGACUAAGCUUGAAGAACUGCAUAGAAAGUCUGAUAAGGUAUUGCAAGACAUCAUAGAUGAUCAUAGAAAUAGAAAAGGUGGCAAUAAAUGUGAAGAAGAAGAAGGUAGUGAAGAUCUAGUUGAUGUUCUUCUCAAGUUUCAACAAAAAGACUCUGAAUAUCCCUUAACUGAUGAUAACAUUAAAGCAGUCAUUCAGGAUAUAUUUGCUGGUGGUGGAGAAACAUCCUCAGCAGUUGUGGAAUGGGCAAUGGCUGAAAUGAUAAAGAAACCAAAAGUGAUGGAAGCUGCACAAGCUGAAGUUAGAAGAGUUUAUGGUAGCAAAGGGUAUGUGGAUGAAUCAGAAUUGCACCAAUUGACAUACCUUAAGUCUAUCAUCAAAGAAACCUUAAGGUUACAUCCAUCUCUACCAUUGUUAGUUCCUAGAGAGAACAAAGAACCAUGCCAAAUCAAAGGGUAUCAAAUUCCAGCCAUUUCUAGAAUUAUUAUCAAUGCUUGGGCAAUUGGAAGAGAUCCAAGGUAUUGGGUUGAUGCCAUGGAAUUUAAGCCAGAGAGGUUUGUUGAUAAUUAUUCAAUUGAUAAUAGAGGCACAAACUUUGAAUUUAUUUCAUUUGGUGGUGGAAGAAGAAUGUGUCCCGGGAUUGCAUUUGCUACACCAAACAUGGAGUUGCCACUUGCUCAAUUGCUUUAUCAUUUUGAUUGGAAGCUUCCCAAUGGAAUCAAGAAUGAAGAACUUGAUAUGAGUGAGUUGUUUGGGAUCACUAUAAGAAGAAGAAAUGAUCUCUGCUUGAUUCCCAUUAUUCAUCAUCAACCUUAAUUAAUAUAAAUUAUCCCUAGAGUGAAAAAAUUAAAAGAGUGAUUUUAUAUAAGAAAAGUAUAAGUAGACAAUGAAAAUACUAAAUAAUGUAAACAAUAGAUAUAUCAAAUGUUUAAUUCACUAGGUAUGCAGAUGGUUAUCCUAAUAUUAAGAUUUAGGUGGGUAAUUUGGGGUAUAGUGUAUUUUUACUUUAUUGGGCCAAUUUUAGAACUCAUUGUUCACAAAAGUCAUUGUCUAUCUAACAAAGUCUUUUCAUAUAUUGGAAAUCAUUGAUGAGACCUUUUGUGA